GUACCCCAUAACUAUUUAGUGUUAUUAUCUGCAUGAUUUCUCUAUCAUUGUUUCUUAUAAAACCGUUUAUAAAAUAUCAUUAAUUGUCCAAAAAUAGACACUAUAGUUAUGUCGAAGAAUUACAUAAAUGCGCUUUUGAAGCCUUUUCGUGAGAGUAAAGUUGUAGAAAGCUUGUUAAAAUUGUUUGAGUCCGGGUCAAAUAAGUCUUCUAGUGCGAUUGGAACUAUUAAACAUGAGGUCCCGGCGAGCAGGGCGGGUGUUGCCCAGUACAGCACCGGAGUACGUAAAGUUACAUUAAUCCCUGGUCAUGGAAUUGGACCUGAGAUCACGGUAGCCGUACAAAAAAUAUUCGAAGCCGCCAAAGUGCCUAUUGAAUGGGAUGAGGUGGACGUUACAGCUGUUAGGGGUCCAGAUGGCAAGUUUGGUAUUCCCCAAAGGGCUAUUGACUCUGUAAAUGAAAACAAAAUAGGUCUUAAAGGACCCUUAAUGACCCCAGUUGGUAAAGGCUAUCGCUCUCUUAACUUAGCUCUACGUAAGGAGUUUGACUUAUAUGCAAAUGUGCGACCUUGCAAGAGUUUAGAUGGAAUCAAGACAUUAUACGAUAACGUGGACGUAGUUACCAUCCGUGAGAACACCGAGGGUGAAUACUCAGGUAUUGAGCACGAAAUCGUGGACGGAGUCGUCCAAUCCAUCAAGUUGAUUACUGAGGAAGCCAGUAAGAGAGUUGCGGAGUUCGCCUUCCAAUUCGCAAAGGACAACAAAAGGAAGAAGGUCACUGCAGUACACAAGGCUAACAUUAUGCGUAUGUCAGACGGUCUUUUCCUUCGGUGUUGUCGUGAGAUGGCUACUAAGUACCCUGAUAUCAAGUUUGAGGAGAGAUACCUCGACACUGUAUGUCUUAACAUGGUUCAAGAUCCAUCAAAGUUCGAUGUGUUGGUGAUGCCCAACCUGUAUGGAGACAUCAUGUCGGACAUGUGUUCAGGUCUGGUCGGAGGUUUAGGUUUGACUCCUUCUGGAAAUAUCGGCAAGAAUGGAGCGCUCUUUGAGUCUGUGCAUGGUACGGCGCCAGCCAUCGCGGGACAAGACAAGGCGAAUCCUACGGCUUUACUACUCUCCGGUGUUAUGAUGCUGCGAUACAUGCGUCUAUCAGAACAAGCUGAUAAAAUUGAAAAUGCCUGCUUCACUGUCCUAAAGGAGGGAAAGGUUCUUACUGAAGACCUUGGAGGCAACAGCACUUGUUCAGCGUUCACAGAAGAGAUUAUCAAGAACCUCGCUUAAAUUGAUCUAAAAUUUUCUCUUAGGUAGCUAAAGUUAGUGGUCUAUCGGUCGUUUGAUAAUUAUUGGUGAAGUUUUUACAUACAAUGUACGCGUUCAGACUUCAUACAUGUUUUUCCUGAGAUUAAUUCUAUAUUUAUAGAAAAUAUCUUUUUUUUAUUACUUGAAAUCGGUUUAAACGCGACGACUGUUAGAUAUGUUUGACCCAGUAAUGUUAAACGUAAUUUAAUUGUUAUGUGUUAUUUAUAUUUAACAUACAUAAAUUAAUGAAAUUGUGAAAGUUUCAGCCAUGUAUUUACAGUAUUGACAAUAGCAAUAAGUUUGUGAAUUUAAUUCUUUUGGUAAUUUGUAACUCAACAUCUGUUUUCAUCAAAUGCAAUGUUAUUUUAAGAUUAAGUUAAGUUUGAAUUUAACCAAAUGAGUAUUAUUUUAGUUAGAUCUGCUGAGUAUUUGAAAUUAGCUUCCGUGAGAGGAACAGUUAGAUCUUAACGAAAUAAAAUUAUUAUUUGACUAGCUUUGUCUUAUGAGAAAAAAUUUAAGAUUAAAUAAUUUAACAAAAAUUGUGCUCCUUUGUACAAUAUGAAACUACCAAUGUCUGUAAUGUUUUAUUUAUUUUAAUGUUAAAAUACUAUGAAGACUGGCAACUUUACUAAAAUUAAAUUAAGCUCAUAUGAUAAUGUUGCCAGGCGUGUGAGCUAAUUGUUACCAGUUAAUAUUAGUGAGAAAUGGCUGUUUCAAUGUAUCGUGUUGUUGUUAAGGUUAAUAUUAACAUUUGUUGGCUAUUGACGCUAGUAAACACACCCUUGAAACAUGGCAACACCAAGGUGGAAAAAAAUUGUAACUGUGUUGCCACUUGAUAUUUACUAUGCGUAAUUAGCGACAUAUGUUUCAGUUUAAAGUAUGCCUUAGUGAAUUUUAAUUUAACUUAGGUUUACAAUAUUGCUAUUCUGUAAGAUUUAGCUACUUAUUAUUUUCUUCCUUGGCUCGUUCCAAAUGCAUUUUGAUUUAUGUAUUUUUUUAUUAUUUUACAGUAUUGUAUUAAAAUCAAGUGUUUAUUCAGAUUAUUCUGACAAUAAAAACAAUAUGCAUUAAUUAAAGUACUUAUGAUGUUUUUCUAGAUUAAUCUUAAUUUAUGUAGUACAAAAUCCGAAGGAAAUUGUUAUUUUAUUUUAUUCCUCUCGACUUUCCCAGACAUCCUAGCGUAACCAUGAUUUCGAAACAAAUCUAAAAAAAGCUAUUCAAGGUAUGCCAGGUAUGUACCACAUAUUUCCGUACAUGUAGAGCGUAUAAUAUAUUUUAGAAUUGCGCACAGAUAUGGAGU